GAGAGGGAUAGAGCGACCCGAGCGAUUGCGGAGAGGCGAACAAGGGUUUUUGGCUUUCGGUUCCCGAAGAGAGAGAAAGAGGAGAGAGAGAGAAGCGAUUCACACACACCACUGCGACUCCCCCCUCCCUAGAGAGAGAAAGAAGAGAGAGAAAGAGGCGCGCGUACAGAUAUCUUUCUUCUUCUCCUUCUUCCUUUCCCCCCCCUCUUCGCCGCGGAAGUUUCUGCAGAGACACAGAGAAAGGCGGAAAAACAGCCCCCGCACCUCCCGUAUCGGAGCCGCCGCAGGAGAGGGCAAAACCCGACCCGGAUUGAUUGGAUCUGCCGAUUCUGCUCCCGGCCAGAGGAGGAGGCGGCGGCGGCGGCGCGGAGAGAGAAUGGGGAGCAAGGGCGGCGGCGGCGCCGGAGGGGGCAAUGGAAUUUCGACAAUCCCCACGGGGUCGAGGAAGAUGGUGCAGAGCCUGAAGGAGAUUGUGAACUGCUCGGAGCUGGAGAUCUACACGGCGCUCAAGGAGUGCAGCAUGGACCCUAACGAAGCCGUCAAUCGCCUCCUCACGCAAGAUCCUUUUCAUGAGGUGAAGAGCAAGCGAGAAAAGAAAAAGGAGAGCAAAGACACAACAGAGGUGAGACCUCGCGGGUCUAUUAGCACAACAACUCGUGGUGGUCGGAGUGGUGUGGAACGCUAUGCUGGCCGUGGUCGUGCAAUCGUACCAAGUUCUAGUGAGCCUGGUAAACAACAGCCAUAUAAGAAGGAAAAUGGGUCACAUGUUUACACAGGUUCUACAUGUUCUGCUUAUAAUAUGUCGGGAAAUAGUGUGAACCGGCAAAUCGCGCACAGUGACGCUUCAGCCUGGGAAAAUAAGGUGUCUGCAGUUGGUGAAACUGAUCUCAUAUCUUCGUCAGUUCAGCCUUCACCAGGAUUGCAACGAGCUUGGGCAGGAGUCCCUGGUCAAGUAUCUAUGGCGGAUAUAGUGAAGAUGGGUAGGCCACAAGGCAAGGUUUCUGGGACCUCGAAUCCACCUCUUCAUCAAGGUGUCCUUCCGCCUUCUUCGGCAGUUUCGCAUGAUGAUUUUCAACAAUUGGAUCAAUCUUCUAAAGUAUAUAUGUCAGAUCCCAAUGAUGACUGGCCCUUGGAUGAGCAUCACGCACCUCCUCCUAGUGAUGAGUGGCCUCCAUUUGAGAAUUCACGGACUGCGGUAUCCUCUACUUUGGAUUCACAAGUGGUGGAGUCGAAACUGUAUGGAGGUCCAUCUGACUUGCCCUUGGAUGAAACCAGCCAGCAUUUGACAUCCCAGCUUGACAAUGUUCAUCUCUUGGAAGAUGGAUCUUUGGAAAAUAGUGCAAACCACAUGGGACUUGCUUCGGUAUCCAACAGAAACAUUCAGGACGAUGAUGAUGUAGAGACAUCCUAUUUGGAGAACAAUGUCUAUAAGAACAUCAGUGCUUUUGAGGCUCACAUGCACUCGUAUGAGCAUAAUGAAGCUGAAGAUGUUGCGAUGGUUGCUACAAACUUGCAACAACUUGAUUUACAGAACAGUGAUGAGGAAUCAGCGUCUGAGGAAGAUGGUCCUGCUGUAGUAAUUCCUGACCACUUGCAAAUCCAUACACCAGAUUGCCAGCACCUCAGUUUUGGUAGCUUUGGCUCUGGUGCUGGUGCUGGUGCUGGUGCUAGGACGUUGAAAAGUAAUUUGGCUGAAACACAACCAGUUACAGAUGCUUCUUCAGUAGCCCUGUCUGACACCAGAAAUACGGAACACUAUGGUGAUGAGCAUCUUAGGCCCCCUUCAGAUGGAGAUGAUGUUCAUGUUACUGUUGCAAGUGCUGGAAGCUAUGAAGCUCCUUCAGCUUCUCAACCAGACUCAUUGAAGCAGCAGUCAGUUGAAACUACUUCAGGGAAUCAAUACACCUUCCCAUCAUCAGCACCUGGUUUCAAUUAUGAUAAUGCUCAACACCUAAAUGCUGCAUUUAAUCACCAGCAAACUAGCUCGCAGUUGCAAAACCUUGCUUCUUUCUCCAGUGUACUGCCAUCAUAUUCAAGUUCAUUACCCAGUGCUUUGUUAGCUUCAACUGUUCAGACAGGAAGAGAGUCUGAGCUCCCAUACUUGCCAUUCCCUGUGACACAGUCGAUGCCCACAAAAUUCAGCAACCCAACUUCUUCAAUGAGUAGUUCGGUCCUUUCUACGCCAGAGGCUUUCAGAGCAGCUAAUAUCUCUGGAGCUCAGCAAAACCCACAAAACCUCCCCAAUGCUGGCCUCUCUACAGGACCGGCUCUUCCUCAGCACCUUGCAAUGCACCCUUAUUCACAGCCUACGCUUCCUCUGGGCCCUUUUGCAAAUAUGGUCAGUUACCCCUUUUUGCCUCAGAGCUACUCAUACGUGCCACCGUCAGCUUUCCAGCAAACAUUCACUGGCAAUAGCACAUAUCAUCAAUCUUUAGCUGCUCUUCUUCCCCAAUACAAAAAUAGCCUAUCGUCUAGCAGCUUGCCUCAGUCUGGUGCAAUUCCUUCUGGUUAUGGAUUUAAUGGUUCAACUGGCAUUCCUGGAGGGAAUUUCUCUCUAAAUCCACCAAGUGCACCUGCGACCACGACUUUGGGAUAUGAUGAUGCUUUGAGCUCACAGUACAAGGAUGCCAACAGCUUGCUGUCUCUUCAGCAGAAUGAGAAUUCAGCUUUGUGGCUUCAAGGACCUGGUGGGCGUACAAUGCCUACAGUGGCAGCCAAUACAUAUUACAACUUCCAAGGGCAAACUCAACAACCUACUGGUAUCCGACAAGGACAAGGCCAGCAGCCUUCUCAGCACUUUGGGUCUCUUAAUUACCCGAACUUUUACCAGUCAGCUGGGAUCUCACUGGAACAUCAACAGCAAAUUGCUAGAGACAGUUCGCUCGGUGGCUCACAAAGCCAGCAAGCUAAACAGUCCGCUCAGAUAUGGCAGAACACCUACUAAUCUUAUUCCUUCCCGUCUUUUUAGGGUUUAAGUUCUCGGUUUGAAAGUGGCCAAUGAAAAGCAUCCAUGUGCAGAGCGGAAUCAUCGCGUAUCGUUUGAUGGUCCUUAAAGGACCUUGGCUGGAUGCCUCUCUGUGCCAUGAGGUUGUAUUUUACAGAUACCCUUUCGAGUUAGGUUGACGUAGGACCUGUGCUAAUUCGGAAUGGUGGAUUUUUCUGUCUGCUUGUUUCGUUCUGUUUUGCUUUGCUUUUUGCCUCCUUACUGUCCUUGUGUUUCGUUCCUUUCAUAGAGAAAUUGCAUUUACUCCAUAUGUACCGGCCUGUGUAAUUCUUAUGCUAUUAUGGUCAUGAUCUAACCUCA